AUUGCUUUUUGGAUUCCUCCGGGACAAAAAUAUCAGCGAUGAAUGUAAAUUACAGACCAUGUAAAAUCACUGGCCAAAUAAGUCCACCAAAUGGAUUACUCCUGUCAUUUUUGCCACAGGAAUAAUAAUAAGAAUCGCUCAUAAAUAAUCUGUUUAUCCUUUUUCUUUUCUUUUUUUUUCCUAGGUUAUAUAUAAAUGAUGUAUAUUAAUAUCAUUGGCUAGAAUCAACUUCAAUCUUUAUCAUUGUGGUAAUUUAGUCAGCGAAAAUUACUAGGAAGUUAGAAGUCUUUACGUUUUGCUUCUACUUCUUAGUGGCUUUCUUAGUGGAGGCCACAAAUAAGACCUGGAUCUAAUACCUGCAGAGAAACAGAAGAAACCGAUGCAGAAAGGCUGAGGCUUAACAUUGAAGAUUACACCAUCCUUAUAUACUCUGCCUUUACUGCAGGAGGGUAUAUUAUGGUAUUAUUCUUCUUGACGAUCUGGUAAUCUCCAUAUAUCGAAGAUAGCCUUGUUCUUAAUUCUCUAUACCAGAUGGUUAAUGUGCUCAUAUUCCAAAAAGAAUAUACUCUUUGCCAACUUCGUUGGUACCCAUUUGCUUAAACCAACUCUUCUUUCAGUUUUAAUGUUUUUUAUAAGAUUCUAGAACAAAAUCUGUUUCUUGGUAUAUGUUGGAAACCUGUAGAAAAUAGCUUAUUUUCAAGUGUCAGGCUAAUGGGUGUGAGAAGGUUGCAAGAUUGUGAACAUGGAACCAAAGCUGUGGUCUUUUCAAGCUCCGGGAUAAAGAUUCGAUGGGGUGCUAAUGAGAGUAGUUCUCAUGCCACAAGAUUCUUUGCAAGCGUUGGCCGGUUAGGAAUGGGAAUUGGUGUUUCACCAAAUACUCAAAAUCCUCAGCUCAAUGGCCCAAAACUUCUGACCACAAAUUCAUAUAUGAGAUAUGUGACCAUACCUGAAUCAGGUUACAGGGUUGGAUGGGUUCCAGAGUUGAUGGAAGAAAAAGCAGAGGAGGUUGGAAGAGUGGUAGAAAGGAGCAAAAUGGGUGGUCUGAAACUGAAGAUUAAGAUUGGGAAUCCAUCAUUAAGGAGGUUGAUUAGCGGGGCAAUUGCUGGUACUGUGUCACGCAGUGCAGUUGCACCGUUAGAGACAAUGAAAACACACUUGAUGGUUGGGAGUUGUGGGAACUCCAUAACUGAAGUGUUUCAGUCUAUCAUGGAAAGUGAAGGAUGGAAGGGCUUAUUUAGGGGGAAUUUGGUUAAUGUAAUUCGGGUUGCACCUAGCAAGGCAAUUGAGUUAUUUGCCUACGAUACGGUUAAGAAUCACUUGACUCCAAAACCAGGAGAAGAUAGAAAACCUCCCAUUCCAGCCUCUUCUAUUGCAGGUGCUGUUGCUGGAUUUAGCUCCACCUUGUGUACAUACCCUCUCGAGUUGCUAAAAAACAGACUAACCAUCCAGAGAGGAGUAUAUAAGAACCUUUUAGACGCCUUCUUCAAAAUUGUAACAGAGGAAGGGCCUGCAGAAUUAUACAGAGGCCUAACACCAAGUCUGAUAGGAGUAAUACCAUAUGCUGCAACCAGUUAUUUUGCAUAUGACACAUUGAGAAAAGCAUACAAGAAAGCUUCUGAUCGAGAAGAAAUUGGAAACAUUACAACUCUUUUGAUGGGUUCUGCAGCUGCUGCAAUUUCAAGCAGUGCAACAUUCCCAUUAGAGGUGGCUCGGAGACAGAUGCAAGCUGGGGCUUUUAAUGGGAGGCAGUAUAACAACUUGCUUCAUGCUCUUAUAAGCAUACUUGAAAGAGAAGGAAUCCCAGGUCUGUACAGAGGAUUGGGACCAAGUUACUUGAAAUUGGUUCCUGCUGCUGGGAUAUCUUUCAUGUGCUAUGAAGCUUGCAAGAAGAUACUUACACACAAAGAAGAGGAAUUUUAAUUUCCAUUUCAAUACCCUUAAAAAAAUAUUCAGUUUUGAAAUUUUUUUUUUUUUUUUUAGGUGUUAUGCCAUUUUGUGAAUUUUCAGUUAAGAUCAUGAAGUUCUUUAAAAUGAUGGCAAUUAAGAUCUUCCACAUAUAAUUUGUACCAACCCUUUUUCUUUU